AUGACUGGCGAGGAGCGUGACUGGAGCGGGGGCCUCCCGCAGGAGCUCCUGGAGACCAUCGGCCGCAAGAUCCCGCCGGGCCCCGACGCUGGCGCUUUCCGGUUGACCUGCCCUGCCUGGCGCGCGGCGCUGCCCUUCUCGGAGCGCUUCACGCCGGUCGUCAUGCUGCCCUUCGACCCGAAGUCGUCGGCGGAGGUCACCUUCUACAGGGCGACAUCCGGGGAGCUCUUCACCACCAACCUCCCGGCGGUGCGAGGCAGGGCGCUCUGCGGGUCCUCGCGCGGAUGGCUGGCGCUGGUCGACGAGGCCACCGCCGUGACGCUCCUCAACCCCCUCACCGGCGCCACCAAGAGCCUCCCGCCGCUCGACGAGUACGUCACGUCGGUGAUGUUGAGCCCCGCUUUGAUGGUCGAUGGCCGUUGGAUGGUCUCUUCCGUGGACGGCGCCCUGCGCCCCGUCAGGCUAGAGGACAUGAGGAGCGUCUUCUUCGGCAACGUGGUGCUGUCCGCGCCGCCCGAGUCGGGCGAGUUCGUGGCCAUGGUCGCGGUCCCAGGCGCCACGGAGGUCGCGUUCUGCCACGUCGGGCCCGGGGCCGACGCGCCCGCUCCCACGUGGACGUUGCUGGACACGAAGCUCGAGUGCUGCGUCAGCACCGUGGUUCACUGCAUCGGCAGAUUCGUGGCCGUCGGAUGCACCGGCGAGAUCUCUGUCUGCGACGUCGCCCGUGGCACGGCGACGCUGGUGCCGUCCUUGGAUCCGCCUGGCAAGAUCCUGGCUCGCGGCUACCUUGAAUGGAACGGGGACCUGCUCCUGGUCGGCAGCAUGGUGCGGACGCACGACAAGACGAAGCGCAUCUGCUACCGCAACAGGGUGUACAGGUGCGGGGAUAUCCUCGCCGAGAAGCCGGUUUGGUCCAGGGUGAUGGAAAUGCGCGAUACGACCUUGUUCGUGUCCAACAAUUGCAUGGUGAGCUUUGGUGGAGCCAGCGUGUCUGGUCUCCGAGGGGAUUCUGUUUAUUUCUCUGAGCCCCUGUAUGGACUCCCGGAAGAUCCGGCCUAUAUAUGCUGGGCAUGUUAA